AUGGCUGGACAGCGAUUUCUGAUCGUACUGAUCGUGGUUUCGAUCUUGUUACCAUCGAUUCCGGUGAUUUCUGCCAAAACCUGUGGAUCGAGACUCCAGUUGCGGGCCCAAAAUGAUCCCGUAGAUUUAAGUCGGCUGAGCGAGAAGCAGCUGAAGCAGCUCGUUGAGCAGUUGGCGAAAUUGCAAUCACAGAAGGGCCAGGAUGGUGAAGAUCUGGUGGAUGAAGAGGAGGAAGAAGAGGACCCGAAUCAAGAUCAGGAGCUGGAGGAGCCCGAAGAUGAUCACCGCGGCAGUAGCCGCCCAUGGAACAGAGUGCAGCGGAUAAUCCGGCGACAGCUGGUGAAAAUACCCAAGCGAUAUCUCAAGAAGCUCCUCAGGCAGUUUGGAUUGGCCCGGAGUGCUGGACAUGGCGGUGUCCGGAGUGCAGACUUGGGUCCCCAGCUGGAGGAGUACUACCUAAUACCACUGGAGUGA